GGCGCCUGAAGCCGGGGCGCAGCGGGGGCGGAGGCGGAGGCGGCCACCGAGAGCGGAGGCGCGGGGGCCAGCCGGCCCGCUCUGCCCACUCCCCCCCUCCUCCUCCUGCUGCGCCGCGGCCCCAAAGGAAGAAGCGGGCGGGGAAGUGAGGGGCCGCCGCCGCCGCUCCAGCUGGCUGGCCGAGGCUCCGCUCCGCUCCGCGCUCCUUCGCCCCCCUUCCCCCUUCAUUCGACCUCCCUCCGGAGCCCGGAUCUCAAGUACCUGGAAUGUGAAAGACCUCUGCUUGAGACCAUGUAAAGCCGUUGAUGUUGGAGCACUUGAAUUGCACUUUGCAUUGCCCCUUCGGUUUGUUACACAUCGAAGUUAGAGCAACAGUCUGAUUCCAAGUAAGGAAUCCAUAAAAUACCUGGACAAAGUCCUUGCUGCCUCCUGCUGCCCCCUUUCCCUUGAAGAGUGGCGUUUGUGUGCUUCUUCGAGGCUCCCACACCUCAGUCUUCCCCAGAACAAGCAGCGUGAGGGAGGGCAUACAAGUUAAUGUUUUCAUCCACCCGGACAAAGGAGAAUGGGGAUCCUACACCCAAAAGAAUGAAGACUCGACAGAACAAAGACUCCAUGUCAAUGCGGAGUGGUCGGAAGAAAGAGACUCCGGGGCCCCGAGAGGAGCUCAGGACAAGGGGCCGGGCCUCUCCGGGUAGCGUCAGCACCUCUAGCAGUGAUGGCAAAGCAGAGAAAUCUCGACAAACCACCAAGAAGGGCCGCAUGGAGGAGUCCAUGGCCUCCAAAGGAAACAAGCAGGGCCGACCAGAGGAGAUUUCAGAGAGUGAAGGAGAGGACACCAACGCCCCAAAGAAAACGAAAACAGAGGAGCUGCCGCGGCCUCAGUCUCCUUCCGACGUGGACAGCCUAGAUGGCCACAGCUUCAACGAUGAGACGAGCAGUGACCCGCGUGACAUCGACCAGGACAACCGGAGCACUUCUCCCAGCGUCUACAGCCCUGGCAGCGUGGAGAACGAUUCCGAUUCCUCCUCUGUACUGUCCCAGGGUCCCUCACGCUCUUACCAUCACCCCCCACUCUUUCCCCAGAGCCCCUCGCCUGCCCCUCUGGCGGAGAGCCUAGCUCGUCCCCCCGAACCAAACUUCAGUUUACCAGGAGAGGUUCAUCCACAGGGACCUACAGGCAGCUACCAGGCCCAACUAGAAGCCCAGGCUUCGAGGAUUUUCCAGGCCCAGGCGCCCUCCAUUGCUAUUUCCUCCACCAAUUCUUCCUCUUCUCCCUCUUCUUCCUCCUCCUCUUCCUCCUCUAGCACCCAUGUCCCUCUUUAUCCAAGUGCUAACGUGGUCCAGGUGGGCCCCAAAGCUGUGAGUGCAGGAGCAGGCAUCCCACCCUCGGGUGGGCGUGAGCCAUCCCUUGCUGCCAAACACAACCCGCCCCCAACAACACCUAUUUCCCUCGCCUCUGUGGCAGGCGGCCUUCCCCCUCAGAAGACACCCCCUAGCAACCCCCCCUCUGUCCCUCCUUCUUCUGCUGCUGGUUUUCCUCAUGUCUUAGCUAACUUGCCACCCCCGCCUGCCCUGCGCCCUCUGAACAAUAUGGCCGCAACUUCCAGCUCGCCAGGAAUGGUGGGGCAAGCAUUGAGUGGCCACCUUCCAUCACCCCACAGCACAGGGCAGGAUAAGUCCCCUGCCCCGUCGCGCUACCCCUACGCCCCCCCUCCACCGCCCCCCAGUUCUUCCACCCAGUAUCCCCUCCCUCCGCCGUCCCAGGCCCUGCCUAGCUACAGCUCCUCCUACGGCCACUCCUUCCCCCCACCCAGCACCCUCUCUGUCUCCAGCCAGCCACCCAAAUACACCCAGCCCUCUAUGCCCUCGCAGCCCGUGUGGAGUCAAGGCCCACCCCCCUACAGCCGCCCUCUGGGGAAUGGUGCCCCCCACCCUCCCGCCUCCUUUCCUGGCCAGGCUGCCCAUCACCAGCCGCAGCAGCAACACCAUCACAACCACGGCGGCAGCACAGGGCUGUCUCCUGCCGCGGCUGCCCCGUCCCAGGCGCCUGGAGGAUACACUCACCCUCUGGAGCCAGGCCCACAUCACCCGUCCCAUGCUGCCUAUGGGCUGCGCCUCUACCCGCCCCACAGCCAUGCCACGUAUAGUCAGGCCCCCCCUGCAUCUUCCUCCUCCUCCUCCUCCUCCUCUUCCUCCUCCUCCUCCUCUUCCCAAGGAACAUACUCCGGAGCCUGCAGCCACCCCCAAGGACAGAACGCUGCUGCCUAUGCGUUUCCUCCACCCCCACCCCCUUCGCCUGCACAUGGGGCUGGGCCCCCCGUCACUUCAGCUUCAGCCACUCUCUCCACUGUCAUAACCACCAUGGCCACCUCCUCAGCAGUCCCCUACAAGACAGCGUCCCCUCCGGUGGGGCCCCCUCCCGUGGCCCCCUAUGGGAAGCGAACAGCUUCGCCAUCUCCCACCUUCCAGCCCCCUGCGCCUUACAAGCCGGGCUCUCCUCCUUCCUCCUCUGCUUCCUCCUUCCGUGCAGCUACCCCUCCCGGGUACAGGCUGGCUUCCUCCCCAGCAGCUGGGGGCUACAAGGCCACCUCCCCAGCCCCUGUUGCCCCUCCGGCCCCUGCAGGCUUGCCCGCUCCACCCGCGCCCUUGCCCCCACUGCCUCUCAGCACUGCACAAAUCAAGCAAGAGCCUUCAGAGGAAUACGAGCCCCCAGAGAGCCCGAUGCCCCCCGUGCGAAGUCCCUCACCAGCCCCCAAAGUGGUGGAUGUCCCAAGUCAUGCCAGCCAGUCAGCCAGAUUCAACAAACACCUGGAUCGUGGCUUCAACUCCUGCUCACGGACAGAUCUCUACUUUGUGCCCCUGGAUGGUUCAAAACUGGCCAAGAAACGGGCAGACCUCAUAGAGAAGGUGCGUCGAGAGGCAGAACAGAAGGCCCGUGAAGAGAAGGAACGAGAGAGAGAGCGGGAACGGGAGAAAGAACGGGAGAGGGAGAAGGAAAGAGAGCUGGAAAGAAGUGUGAAAGUGGCCCAAGAGGGCCGGCCCGUGGAAUGCCCAUCUCUCGGCCCCAUCUCUCAUCGCCCAUCUUUUGAGCAGGGCAGCGCAGUUGCCACCGUCCCACCCUACCUGGGCCCUGACACUCCAGCCCUCCGCACUCUCAGCGAGUACGCGCGGCCCCACGUCAUGUCUCCGAGCAACCGCAACCACCCCUUCUACGUGCCACUGGGGGCGGUUGAUCCAGGACUGCUGGGUUACAAUGUGCCAGCCAUCUAUAGCAGCGACCCAGCCACACGGGAGAGAGAGCUGCGAGAACGAGAGGCCCGUGAGCGAGACCUCAGGGACCGUGACCUGCGCGAGCGCCUUAAGCCCGGCUUUGAAGUCAAGCCUGCCGAGCUGGAGCAGCUCCACGCUGUGCCCAGUGCUGCCAUGGAUCCCUUCCCACGACACGGGGGGCUGGCUCUGCAGGCGGGCCCAGGCCUGCACCCAGCUUUCCCCUUCCACCCGGGGCUGGGCCACCUGGAGCGGGAGCGGCUAGCACUGGCAGCUGGGCCGGCCCUGCGUCCUGACAUGUCUUAUGCCGAGCGACUAGCCGCCGAGAGGCAGCACGCCGAGAGGGUGGCUGCCCUGAGCAAUGACCCUCUGGCUCGGCUGCAGAUGCUCAACGUGACCCCCCAUCACCACCAGCACUCCCACAUCCACUCCCACCUCCACCUGCACCAGCAGGACGCCAUCCAUGCAGCUUCAGCUUCUGUCCACCCUCUUAUUGAUCCGCUGGCCUCUGGGUCACAUCUCACCCGGAUCCCCUACCCUGCUGGGACCAUCCCAAACCCACUUCUUCCACACCCGCUCCAUGAAAACGAAGUCCUGCGACACCAGCUUUUUGCUGCCCCCUACAGAGACCUGCCUGGCUCGCUCUCUGCUCCGAUGUCUGCAGCACAUCAGCUCCAAGCCAUGCACGCGCAGUCAGCAGAGCUGCAACGCCUGGCCCUGGAACAGCAGCAGUGGCUGCAUGCCCAUCACCCUCUGCACGGAGUGCCGCUCCCCACGCAGGAGGAUUACUACAGUCACCUGAAAAAAGAAAGCGACAAGCCCCUUUAAAUGGACCCCCAUUCCCCCUGCUGUGGCAUCAUGAGGCCAGCUCCUUCUUCAAAAGCCAGAGAAAGAAAGAGGAGGAAAGUCGACCAAUGUUCACCCUGGGCAAGAGGAAAAGCGCACGAUACACCUUGUGUGUUUAAGGAUGGAAGACGCAUGAAGAAAGCCCCGAAGGGGGGGUCACUCUGGGAGGGAGUGGGGCGAUGAGAGGGGAGGGACACCGGGUGUCAAACACCCCCAAGAAUUUUGGGACAAUCGCCUCAGCUUUCACUUGUCUCUCCCAUCAGUAAAGGUGUCAUCCAUCCGGCAGGCCUCCUCUGCCCUUUCCCCUCCCUCUCCUUUGGCCGGUGCUGCCAGUCAGAGUAUGAUGGGGCUGGAAAUAAUGCUCCCUCCCCCUCUGCAGUGACACACUGCAGUCCAGAAGAACAAUGCCUUGUGGGACUUCUCAAGAUGGCGUUGGCGUGGUCUUGCUUAACCCCUGAGAGACUGGGCCAUGUCGAGAGGUGCACAGGGCCCCAGGACUCUUUCAAGCAGGCAAGCUGCCUUGGUAACCAUGCCGUGAGUGGGUGUUGGUGGGGGAGAGUGCCGUGAGGCCGUCACCGGAGGGCAACUCAUCUUUACUCUCCUUUCUCGGGCGGGUGGGGGCGGAAUAAAACAUGGCAUGGUGGGACUGUUUCCAAGAUGGCAGCUGCCCCUUUUCCCCCCUUCACCCAUUCCAAUUGAUGUAUUUUAACUCAUGCACAUCCUGUUAGAUGUGGCAGUUUUGCGUAGCAAUUUGUGAUUCCUUGAGCUCCCCACGUGUGUGUCUGAUCUCACAGUUGUAUAUCUUGAUCUGUCCUCAUAUAUAUUUACAUAAGAACAUUAAAAGAUACCCAACUAUGGGAGAAGAAUCUCCCUACA